CUGAAGUAUGAGCCGCCGCCGUUGCUCGCCGGCGACGGCACCUCCACUGGAAGACGAGGACCUUCUCCAGGAGAUCCUCCUGCGCCUCCCUCCUCAGCCAUCCUCCCUCCCACGUGCGUCCGCAGUAUGCAAGCGCUGGCGCAGCAUCCUAUCUGACCCCCAAUUCGUCCAACGCUUCCGCAAACACCACGGGAAACCCCCGCUAAUCGGCUUCUUCAACCAAAGUUAUACCGUAGUCUGCGACUUCAAUCCCAUCCUGGAAGCGCCUGACCGUGUCCAUGCCAAUCGUCUCUCGGUGCCAAAGAGACACAGCUCCAUGGGGAAGUGGCGUUUCAUGGGCUGCCGCAACGGCCUUGCCGUCCUGAUCAACGGGGGUCGGCGUGAGGCCGUCAUGUGGGAUCCUCUCACCGGCCAGCAACAUCGCGUGCCUUUUCCACCAGGGCUUCACGACGGUCCAAUGGGUAGUUUCUAUGACUGGCAUGCCGCGGUGCUUUGUGCUAAUGCCGAAGAUGGGCACGUGCACGGAGAUUGCAUCAGGGGGCCGUUUAAAUUGGUCUUGAUCUGCAACAGAUACGAGCAGGCAUCCGUUUCUCUCUAUGACUCCACAUCUCAUGCUUGGGGAGAUAUUUUCUCGAUGGUGAUAGAAAAUAGAAUUCAUUGGACAAGGUGCAGCAUCCUUGUCGGAAAUGUGCUUUGCUGGUCAAUUUGUGGAGGUGAUGCCCUUGUGUUUGAUAUUGAAAUGCAGAGUCUUGCUGUGAUUGGGAAGCCGGCAGACAACGCUAUCAGUGACUGGUCUUUUCAGCACUUACGGAUGGAGGAUGGUGCACUAGGCCUCGCUGUUUUGUCGGGACUGACCGUCCAAUUAUGGGUGAGGAAACUUAACUGUGACGGUGUUGUCGGAUGGGUGUUGCUGCACAAAAACAAUCCUUUGAAGGGGUUGCUUCCAAGCACAAAGCCUUUGGUAUUUAUCGUGGGGUAUGAUGAGGACACAAAUGCGAUUGUUCUGUCUACGGCGAUUGGUAACUUCAUGCUCCAACUUGACUCAGGGCAGAUCAAACAUAUCAUUAAAAGAAAUGACAUGUGUAUCGACAUGGUUUAUCCCUACCAUAAUUUCUACACUGCAGGCAGGGGAGUUGGGUGGAAAUGGGUCGAGCUGGAACUUUGACCACAUGUGAUCCAGUAAUGUGCUAUCUUGGUUGAAUGAGUGAGGUACCUAGAGUUACACAUUGGUUGCUGAAAUGAAGAAAAGUGUCUAGUUGGUUUAGUCUCCUCCAUAUGCUGAGGCAUGUGAUGUGGUUGACGCUGAGAUUGCUCCUAUAUGUAGUAUGUACUUUUAUGUACGGUGGUCUCUGAAGUGGAACUUGUUGGAUUUAAAUGUCUGAACUUUGGUACUAUCUAAUAUAUUAGCAGA